AUGGGACUACGAUCAUACUUCAGACCAAAGAAAGCGGCGGCAAGCAUAGAUGAGGACGCUGGCGCGGUCCCAGUGUCAUCAUCCGCGGCAUCUAACAGCGAUGUCUCCAUGACAAGCAAAGACACCAUCUACAACGACAACGUCCAGCGCGACAUCAUCGUCAGCUACCUAUUCCAGAGACAAUGCACAAGUAUGUGGAUCCAGGACGUUGCGGGUACCACCGAAGGCGUCAUCCUGAAGCGAACCAACAACGACUUCCUCGCCCUGCCCAUCAGCCUCAAAGGCACCAUGUUUCAAAAAGCAGUCAUGUCGCUCAAUACCAAGGCUGCAAUGACGGUCAAGAGCAGGGUAAUUUGCACGAUUGUCGACAGCCUGAACCCCGGCGACACAGGCAUUCCGAUCAAAGACAACCAAAGAAUACAGAUCGUGGACAAUUUCACUGGACUGUCUCGAGCACGCAAGCAUCAAUAUGCGGCGUUUGUGAGGAGUGAAAGCCUCCUGGUUGUUUGGGAUGAAGAUCCAUCUAACCUCAUCUCCCGCAUUGAAUCGAUCGAAACAGAUCUGCUGCGGGUAGUAUGGCGACUUCGAAACCUUGAAAGUGGGUUCGACGAGAAGCUGGCAUUGUUAUCGCCGGAUGCAUCCUCUACUGAGCUGGACGAAGAGUCACUGUCAGAGCAAGUGCGACCCACGAAGUACUACUAUGCCAUCAUGUGUGCUUGCAGUCUCUGUCUUUUGACGGUACUGUUCGGGCGCAGGAUGCAGAGCAUCUUCCAACAAGUGACCGUACUGGGACGGUAUGAGUCUCUCGCCUUCAUCGCUAUAACUCCAAUCAUGGCAAUCCUCACAUUGUUCUUUACCUACGUCGUUGUUGGUACCAUCGCACAGCUCGUCGGUCCUGUCAAGCACCUACACGAAAACUCUCAGAACUUCUCUGCUGUUAAAGCCCCACGGCUUCGUUGCGAGGAGCUUCCUCAUGUCACAAUCCAAUGCCCGGUAUACAAAGAAGGACUCGACGCUGUUAUCAAGCCCACAGUACGCUCUAUUCAAAAGGCCAUAUCGACGUAUGAGCUCCAAGGAGGCUCGGCCAGCCUUUUCGUCAACGAUGAUGGACUUCAAGUCAUCUAUGAAGAACAGCGCCUCGCACGAACUCAGUUCUAUGAUGACAAUAAUAUUGGCUGGAUAGCACGCCCUGCGCACGAUCCCAAAGGCACAGGAUUUGAGCGAAGAGGCAAAUUCAAAAAGGCAUCAAACAUGAACUAUGCUUUGAACCUCUCCAAUCGACUAGAAGAAAGACUCCAAAGCAUUGAACGAGACGAGAAGUGGACCUCUGUGGACGAGACCGCUGCCUAUGAGCGGACAUUGCAAGACAUGCUGGCCGAACAACCAGAUGACCAACCCAAGGCAUGGGCUUCCGGGAACAUUCGCAUUGGCGACUACAUCCUCCUUAUCGAUUCAGAUACGCGGAUUCCAUCAGACUGUCUGCUAGAUGCAGUUUCGGAGAUGGAGAUAUCUCCUACGGUCGCAAUCAUCCAAUUCGCCUCGGGUGUAAUGCAAGUUUCACACGACUUCUUUGAGAAUGGCAUGGCGUUUUUCACCCGGCUUAUCUACACGAGCAUCCGGUUCGGUGUGGCAGCUGGAGACAUUGCGCCAUUUGUCGGACACAAUGCUAUCUUGCGGUGGUCGGCCUUGCAACACGUCGCCUUCGAAGACGAACAGUCUGUGCAACCUGAGCUCUACUGGUCUGAAACUUCAGUAUCCGAGGACUUUGACAUGGCACUUCGCCUACAGAUUCAAGGCUACCAGCUUCGUUACGCAUCGUAUUUCGGUGACGGCUUUCAAGAAGGCGUAUCCCUUACCGUGUACGACGAGAUUACUCGCUGGGAGAAGUACGCCUAUGGCUGCGACGAACUUAUGUUCCACCCACUGAGAUUUUGGAUCUUUCGAGGCCCAUUCACGCCCCUGUUCAGGAAAUUUCUUGGCUCCGGUAUCCCACUGUGUUCCAAACUCAGCAUCAUCUCUUACAUCGGGACUUACUACGCUCUGGGUUCUGCUUGGGUCAUGACCAUGACUAAUUACAUCGCCCUCGGACUGUUCAACGGUUAUCUGGAUCGAUGGUACACCGACAGCUGGCAAAUUUUUCUAAGCGUCAUUUUUGUGUUCUCUAUUGCAGCCAACUUUGGUCUCGCGGUCUCUCGCUACCGGUCUGGAGAAAAGGCGUUUUUCUCUGCUUUGUACGAAAACUUCGCUUGGGCAUUGAUGUUCGCAUGCUUUUUUGGAGGCAUCAGUCUGUUCAUCAGCCAAGCUUUGCUUUCGCACAUGUUUGAAAUCAACAUGCAGUGGGGCGCGACAGCCAAAGAGGUCACUCGAACCAACUUCUUCAAAGAAGUACCCCAGGUGUUCCGCAAGUUCAAGUGGAGCAUGCUGUUCUGCAUCUGUGUCAUCGUUGGCAUGAUUAUCGUCGCAACGGCGCCUUUCAUCCCGUGGUCAUGGAACAUCAACAACUUCACGGCUAUAUUUCCGCUGGCACUGUUGGUUUCAUGUCACUUGCUGGUUCCCAUUGUCUUGAACCCGGGAUUGACCGCAUUUACAUGGUAG